CAACCUAGCUAAAAUGGGAAAGAUAAUUUUUUAUGAGGACAGGGACUUCCAGGGACGUUCAUAUGAGUGUAACUCCGACUGCUCAGAUCUUCACUGUUACUUCAAUUACUGCAACUCUGUUCGUGUUGAGAAUGGCGACUGGAUUCUUUAUGAGCACCCUAACUACACAGGACAUCAAUACUUUCUACGAAAAGGGGAAUACCCUGAUUUCCAGAGAUGGUUUGGAUACAACGAUCAAAUCCGCUCUUGUCGAGUGAUCAAUCAGUACCAGGACAAAUUCAGGAUCAGGAUCUAUGAAAGAGAAAAUUUCCGAGGUAAAACGAUGGAAUUUACUGAUGACUGUCCCAAUGUCUUCAUAUUAUUCCACUUCCGUGAUAUCCAUUCCUGCAAUGUUCUUGAAGGGCAUUGGAUUUUCUAUGAACAACAAGAUUUUAGAGGACGCCAAUAUUACUUAAAACCUAAAGAAUAUAAAAGAUGCACAGACUGGGGAGCUCUAACACCAAGAGUUGGUUCUCUCAGAAGAGUGCAAGAAUUAAAUCAAGAUGAUUAAACUUACUUUUAAUGUUUUAUCUCUAAAUAAUAAAGCUCCUAGUGAAACUAAA